UGCUUCAGCCACCUGACUGGUUUGGUCUUUAUUCAACAAAUCCCCCGCGGACAGCCAGGCAAAGAUUUGCAACAGAGGGAGAAGUACAGCUCACUUUCGAGGUUGGCUCAACGGGGUUAAAUGCUCCAGGACUCAGGACUUCUGAAAGUCAAGAAUGAGUUUCCCGGAUUUUAAACCCCUCUAAUGUGAUGUUAUGUGCUGUACUCCUGUUGUCACAUUUGGGAAUAAGCUUUUUUGAGUUCCUGUGACCAAUUAUCUUUUUCUGGAAUGGGAUGUCCUUGGCUGAAGAUCUCUGGUGUGCUGGCUCUGCCCUUCUGCCCCUGAUGAUGUUGGUCUCACCCUGAAACAGUUGUGUGUUGUAGAAGUCUCUUGUGUGUGGAUUAAGUGUUGGAACAGCAGUUUGGAUUAGCUGGAGGGUGAAGGGGAGUCUUUCUGGAAAAUGUACACGCGCAGCGGAGUGGACAGUGAUGUGUAUCAAAAAGACGAGGGAAAAUGGGCACUGCUACGUAAUGUCAACCAAGUGUUCAAAUACCAGCACACAUUGCUUCCAGGGGAUUAUGUCUGGUUGGAUUUGAAGACCGGCCGUGAGUUUGAAGUUCCAAUUGGAGCAGUGGUGAAGUUAUGCGACUCCGGACAAAUUCAGGUUGUGGAUGACGAAGGGAAUGAGCACUGGAUCUCACCUCAGAAUGCCACCAAUAUUAAGCCCAUGCAUCCGACAUCCGUCCAUGGAGUGGAAGACAUGAUCCGACUGGGAGACCUAAAUGAAGCAGGAAUUCUACGUAACCUCCUCAUCCGUUACCGAGACCGCUUGAUCUAUACAAACUGUGGCAGUCGGACGUACACUGGCUCCAUCCUGGUGGCGGUGAAUCCCUAUCAACUGCUGCCGAUCUACACGGCCGAGCAAAUCCGCUACUACACCAACAGGAAGAUCGGGGAGAUGCCGCCUCAUAUCUUCGCAAUUGCUGAUAACUGUUACUUCAACAUGCAACGGAACGGCAAGGACCAGUGCUGUAUCAUAAGUGGAGAGUCUGGUGCUGGGAAAACGGAGAGCACAAAGCUGAUACUACAGUUCCUGGCAGCGAUCAGCGGCCAGCAUUCGUGGAUCGAGCAGCAAGUCCUUGAAGCAAAUCCCAUUCUGGAAGCCUUUGGGAAUGCUAAAACUAUCAGGAAUGAUAACUCCAGUCGUUUUGGGAAAUAUAUCGACAUCCAUUUUAACAAGCGAGGGGCCAUCGAGGGAGCCAAGAUAGAACAAUAUCUACUGGAGAAGUCUCGUGUUUGUCGUCAGGCUGAUGGGGAGAGAAACUAUCACAUUUUCUAUUGCACGUUGAUGGGGAUGAGCACUGACCAGAAGAAGAAACUUGGUCUGGGGAAGCCAACAGAUUACACCUACUUGACCAUGGGAAAGUGCACCGUCUGUGAUGGCCGAGACGACAGCAAGGAGUAUGCCAACAUUCGUUCUGCCAUGAAGGUCCUCAUGUUCACCGACACAGAGAAUUGGGAGAUAAGCAAGCUGUUGGCUGCCAUCCUACACAUGGGCAACCUGGCCUAUGAGCCUCGAGUGUACGACAACCUGGAUUCAUGUGAGGUGGUCUACUCUGCCCAGCUGUUGGCAGCUGCAGCUCUCCUUGAGGUUGACUGCCUGGACCUUCAGAACUGCCUUACCAGCCGCACCAUUAUAACGAGAGGAGAGACAGUCUCCACUCCUCUCAACAUGGAGCAAGCUCUCGACGUCCGCGAUGCUUUUGUGAAGGGUAUCUAUGGACGACUCUUUGUCUGGAUAGUGGAGAAGAUUAAUGCGGCAAUUUAUAAACCUCCAUCCCGGGAGCCCAAGGUUGUGCGCCGGUCAAUCGGUUUACUAGAUAUCUUUGGGUUUGAAAACUUCCAUUCAAACAGCUUUGAACAGCUCUGUAUAAACUUUGCCAACGAGAACCUGCAGCAGUUCUUCGUCCGCCACGUGUUCAAGCUGGAGCAGGAGGAGUAUAACUUGGAGAACAUCAACUGGCAGCACAUAGAGUUCACCGACAACCAGGAUGCUCUUGAUAUGAUCGCACUCAAGCCCAUGAACAUAAUUUCCCUCAUCGAUGAGGAGAGCAAGUUCCCCAAGGGUACUGACUCAACAAUGCUGAAUAAGCUGAACUCCCAGCACAAGCUGAAUUCUUUCUACAUCCCUCCAAAGAACAACUAUGAAACCCAGUUUGGCAUCAGCCAUUUUGCUGGAAUUGUCUUCUACGAGACGAAAGGUUUUCUAGAGAAAAAUCGUGACACACUUCAUGGAGACAUCAUCCAGCUAGUCCACUCCUCCAAGAAUAAGUUCAUCAAGCAGAUCUUUCAGGCUGAUGUAGCCAUGGGAGCAGAGACCAGGAAACGUUCGCCAACACUAAGCAGCCAGUUUAAGCGUUCGCUGGAACUGCUGAUGAGAACGCUCAGCGUCUGCCAGCCCUUCUUCGUACGUUGUAUCAAGCCCAAUGAGUACAAGAAAUCCAUGCUGUUUGACCGGGAGCUGUGUGUCCGCCAGCUGAGAUACUCUGGGAUGAUGGAGACCAUUCGGAUCCGGCGCGCGGGUUACCCCAUUCGCUACACCUUCGUGGAGUUUGUGGAUCGAUACAGAGUGCUAAUGCCUGGGGUCAAGCCAGCAUACAAACAGAGCGACCUUCGUGGGACAUGCCAGCGAAUAGCAGAAGCCUUCCUAGGCCAGGAUGGUGACUGGCAGAUUGGAAAGACCAAGAUUUUCCUGAAGGAUCACCAUGACAUGAUGCUGGAGAUAGAGAGAGACAAGGCGAUCACAGGCAAGGUUAUCCUGAUCCAGAAAGUAGUUCGAGGAUUUAAAGACCGGUCAAAUUUUGUUAAAAUAAGAAACGCAGUGAUGUUAAUUCAGAAAUAUUGGCGUGGAUACCAGUGCCGGAAGAGCUUCAGUGCGAUGCGAGUAGGAUUCUCCAGGCUGCAGGCCCUGCAUCGCUCUCACAAGCUCUCCAAGCAGUACCACUUCGCCCGCAAACGGAUCAUCCUUUUCCAGGCUCGUUGCCGUGGCUACCUGGUGCGAAGGGCCUUCCGCCAUCGUUUCUGGGCCGUCGUCACCAUCCAGGCCUGCGUCCGUGGCAUGAUCGCGCGGAGGCUGUACAAACGGCUGAAGGGAGAGUACCGGCGGCGGCUGGAGGCGGAGAAGCUGCGGCUGGCUGAGGAACUGCGGCUGAGCAAGGAGAUGAGCAGCAAGAGGGCCAAGGAGGAGGCGGAGAGGAAGCACCAGGAGCGCCUUGCUCAGUUGGCUCAGGAGGAUGCGGUGAGGGAGAUGGAAGAGAAGAAGGAGGCUCGGCGGAAGAAGGAGAUGCUGGAACAGAUGGAGAAGGCUCGGAAUGAGCCCGUGAAUGACUCUGAGAUGGUGGACAAAAUGUUUGGCUUUCUGGGUACUCCCUCCAUGGUACCCGGGCAGGAAGGCCGAGCGCCAACUGGGUUUGAGGAUCUGGAGCGGGCCCCGAAAGCGGUGGAGGAAGAGGAUUUGGACGCAUGCCUCCCACUGCCGGAGGAGGAGGAGGAGGAUCUCUCGGAGUACAAGUUUGCCAAAUUUGCCGCCACGUACUUUCAGGGCACCACCACCCACACCUAUGUCCGGAGACCCCUCAAGAUACCCUUGCUUUUCCAUGAUGACGAGGGCAAUCAGCUGGCGUCUCUGGCGGUCUGGAUCACCAUCCUGCGGUUCAUGGGCGACUUGCCGGAACCCAAGUAUCACACGGCCAUCAGCGACGGCAGCGAGAAAAUCCCAGUCAUGACCAAGAUCUACGAAACCCUCGGGAAGAAGACGCACAAGCGGGAACUGCAGGCUUUGCAGAGUGACGGCGAGAGCAUGCAUGCGGACAAGAAGAACAGUGUGCGGCAUAAGCUGGUCUCGUUGACUCUGAAGAAGAAAUCCAAGCUCACGGAAGAGGUGGCAAAGAGACUGAACGACGGGGACUACAGCCUCAGGGGGAACAGUAUGCUGGAAGACCGACCUACCUCCAACCUGGAGAAACUUCACUUCAUCAUCGGGAAUGGUAUUCUACGCCCUGAGCUCAGGGAUGAGAUUUACUGUCAGAUCUGCAAGCAGCUGAGCCAGAAUCCGUCCAAAAGCAGCCACGCCCGCGGGUGGAUCCUCAUGUGCCUCUGCGUUGGGUGCUUUGCUCCGUCUGAGAAGUUUGUGAAGUACCUGAGGAACUUCAUCAAUGGAGGCCCCCCUGGUUACGCUCCCUACUGUGAGGAGAGGAUGAGGAGGACAUUUGCCAAUGGCACUCGAACGCAGCCACCGAGCUGGCUGGAGCUGCAGGCCACCAAGUCAAAGAAGCCGAUCAUGUUGCCCAUCACCUUCAUGGACGGAACGACCAAGACCCUCCUGACCGACUCCGCGACGACAGCCAAAGAGCUGUGCAACGCUCUGGCGGACAAGAUAGGCCUGAAAGAUCGCUUUGGAUUUUCCUUGUAUAUUGCUCUGUUUGACAAGGUCUCUUCGCUGGGCAGUGGGAAUGACUACGUGAUGGACGCCGUGUCCCAGUGUGAGCAGUACGCGAAGGAGCAGGGGGCACAGGAGAGGAACGCACCCUGGCGCCUCUUCUUCCGCAAGGAGAUCUUCACGCCCUGGCACAACCCCUCCGAGGACCUGGUGGCGACGAACCUCAUCUACCAGCAGACUGUGAGAGGCGUCAAGUUUGGGGAGUACAGGUGUGAUAAGGAGGAAGACCUUGCUGAACUUGCUGCCCAGCAGUACUACGUGGACUAUGGCUCGGAGAUUGUUCUAGAACGGCUGAUGAGCUUAAUUCCGUCCUAUAUUCCUGACCGGGAAGUCACCUCUUCCAAAACGAUGGAGAAGUGGGCCCAGUACAUUAUUGCGGCUCACAAGAAGGGAGUGUAUACUCAGAAGAGAAUCAGCCCUCAGAAGGUGAAGGAAGAGGUCGUGGACUUCGCUCGAUUCAAAUGGCCUUUGUUGUUUUCGCGUUUCUAUGAGGCUUUCAAGUUCUCAGGACCAAGCCUGCCAAAGAACGAUGUAAUCGUCGCAGUCAACUGGACUGGUGUCUACUUUGUCGAUGAGCAGGAGCAAGUUCUUCUGGAACUUUCCUUCCCAGAAAUCACUGCUGUUACCAGCAGCAGGGGUGGGAAAAUGCAGGGUCAGAGCUUCACCCUGGCAACCAUCAAAGGCGAUGAGUACACCUUCACCUCCAACAACGCAGAGGACAUCCGUGACCUGGUGGUGACGUUCCUUGAGGGGCUGAGGAUGAGGUCAAAAUUCGUUGUCGCGCUGCAGGACAACCCAAGCCCUGUUGGUGAUGACGUGACCUUCCUCAGCUUCCUGAAGGGGGACCUCCUCAUCCUGGAUCAUGACACGGGCGAGCAAGUCAUGAACUGCGGCUGGGCGCACGGCAUCAAUGAGAGGACCAAACAGAAGGGAGACUUCCCGACCGAAUGCGUCUAUGUGUUGCCCACGGUUACCAAGCCAGCGGCUGAGAUAGUGUGCUUGGUAACCAUGACGCCAGGUCAGAGGCAAGAAGCCCUCAAGACAUCACAACUGUCCAUAGGAGAGCCGGAGGAGAAGGUGAAGCUCUAUACACUGGAGGAGUUCUCAUAUGACCAUUUCAGACCGCCUCCGAAACACACCUUGAGCCGGGUGAUGAUCACAAAGAACCGCGGGAAGGACAAGCUCUGGUCCUGUACCCGGGAGCCAAUUAAGCAGCCGUUGCUGAAGAAGUUGCAGGGGAACGAGGAGCUGUCGCAGGAGUCCUGCCUCUGCUUUGUAGCUGUGAUGAAGUAUAUGGGAGACUACCCCUCCAAACGAAUGCGCUUGGUGAACGAGCUGACAGACCAGAUAUUCGAAGGUGCCUUGAAGGGGGAGCUGAUGAAAGACGAGAUUUACUGCCAGAUUCUUAAGCAGCUGACUGACAACCAUGUGAAGUACAGCGAGGAGAAAGGAUGGGAGUUGCUCUGGUUGUGUACUGGGCUCUUCCCUCCGAGCAAUGUCCUCCUGCCCCACGUCCAGAGGUUCCUCCAGUCCCGGAAAAGCCACAUGCUCGCUCCUGACUGCAUGUUCCGACUCCAGAAAGCCCUCCGCAAUGGCUCCCGGAAGUACCCACCCCACCUUGUGGAAGUGGAGGCUAUACAACACAAAACAACCCAAAUAUACCACAAGGUCUACUUCCCCGAUGACACGGAUGAGGCCUUUGAGGUGGAGUCUAGCACCAAGGCCAAAGAUUUCUGCCAGAGCAUUUCCACCCGUCUGCUGCUGAAGUCUGCUGAUGGAUUCAGUUUAUUUGUCAAGAUCUCUGACAAGGUGAUCAGCGUGCCUGAGGGAGAUUUCUUCUUCGACUUCGUACGUCACCUCACCGAAUGGAUCAAGAAAGCUCGGCCUGUGAAAGAUGGUGUCAUCCCUUCUCUGACCUACCAGGUCUUCUUCAUGAAGAAACUAUGGACACACACUAUACCUGGCAAGGACCAUAUGGCGGACUCCAUCUUUCAUUACUAUCAGGAGCUACCAAAAUAUCUGCGAGGCUAUCACAAGUGUACCCGCGAUGAGGUACUGCAGUUGGCGGCGCUCAUUUACCAGGUGAAGUUUGAAGAUGAUAAAUCACAGUUCCCAAGCAUUCCCAAAAUGCUAAAGGAACUGGUGCCACAGGACGUGAUACGGCAACUCUCGCCGGAUGACUGGAAACGGUCCAUUGUGGCUUUUUACAACAAGCAAGCAGGAAAAUCGAGGGAAGAGGCCAAGCUGUCGUUCUUGAAGCUGAUCUAUAGAUGGCCUACAUUUGGAUCGGCCUUUUUUGAAGUCAAGCAAACUACUGAGCCAAACUACCCAGAGAUCCUCCUCAUCGUCAUCAACAAGCAUGGAGUGAGCCUCAUUGACCCAAAGACGAAGGACAUUCUCACCACCCAUCCGUUCACCAAGAUAUCCAACUGGAGCAGCGGUAACACCUACUUCCACAUCACCAUUGGUAACCUGGUGAGGGGCAGCAAGCUCCUGUGUGAAACGUCUCUGGGAUAUAAAAUGGACGACCUCCUGACUUCCUACAUUAGCCAGAUGUUGACCUCCAUGAACAAGGAGCGCAGCACAAAGGUCAAUAAAUGAACCUAUUGUGACCACUGGGUCUGGGCUUGCCAGGUGAUGCAGAUGCUGAGGCCCAUGGGCAAUCCUUGCAGCUGGAGAAAGACGUUCUCUACCCAGGUCUGGAGUAUGAGGAGAAGUCCUCUGCCUAGCUCUUCUGAUAGCAACUCGGACUCUCCCUCAAGCGAGGAUGACUAUCUUUAAUGUGUACGUGUGUGUGUGUGUGUGUGUGUGUGUGUGUGUGUGUGUGUGUGUGAGAGCAAGAGGAAGUAGCUUUCAAAUCCCUCACACAGACAAUAAGCCAAAAAAAAAGGAAAAUCGGGAUUCAUGAGCAGUCAUUCCAAAAAGAAACUCUGAGCCUACAAUGAAAGGCUUUUCACAUAUUCCUCAGUGCACUUUUGAUCACACCCAAGUGUUAUUUUAAGUCCCAUUCUCUUCCACGGAAACACAGUGUUUGUGAGGGUGGUGUUUCUGUGGGCAUCAUGUUUCAUGGGCCACAUGGCUUAACCUCUCCCCUCGGCAGAUGAUUCAGGUCGAACUUUUCCGGGCCCUGGGACUUGCAUUGCCUACAGUGAAAAGCAGCUGAUGUAUAGUUUUGCUUCUGUUUACAAGUAUGAAUUUGUUUUAUUCUGACUCGUGUAAAAAGAAAAGUUUGGAAAAUGUUUUCUUUUUGUACAUUUUUUUUUGUUUCCCAUUUCUCCUCUAAAUCCCAGAGUGUUCAUUUUGUCAUCCCACCUCAUUCGUGAUGUACUGAAAUGCAUAUAUUUCUUUCAAUUUGAAUAUCUGGACUUUGGCAGGAUGUAUCAAAAGCGACUUGAUUCCAUCCUGUCGGUGCCUAUCUGGGCAUGGUGACUGUCGUCGGUAAUAGUCUGUCAAAACCAGCCACAGGGCAUUGCUGUGUGGAGGUUAUUCCUAUACUAAUCACAGUCACGGUCUCAGUCUCUCACUUCGAAGACUUUUCAAAAUGAACCCACCAGCUUUGUAGUUCUUUUGACACUGUUUCCACUCAUUUCCUUUCUUCAAUAUCCCCACUUCCUUUAAAGCCUUUAAAAUGGAAAGAUCUUGUCCUUACAAUUUUUUUUGUCUUGUAAUUUAUUCACAAAACUGAGCCUGUCAGCCCCUUCCCUUGAGUGGGUACCAUCUCAGGAAUCCCACUGCUGAAACGUCCUGAGCUGUUGGAAGAACCACUCCUUAAAUCACUAUCCAUUCAUUUUUCCCUUUCCGCAGAGACUGACUGACCAGUAGGGAAUUUCCAGCAUAUCGCCAGGUAACAUCUAGGGUGGGAAACAGAUCCAGAUAAAUGACCAGGACAGGAGACAUUUGCAUUUCCAAUUAGGAGUGGGAAUCUCUUAUCAGAAUAGACUACAGUAUCACUGAUUGAAGAUGGCUUCACGCUACCGGAUGAGGUUGCUAUGACACUUGAGAGUGCUUUCCUGGCCUCUUGGCCCACGGCCAAUCACUCUCUCCAGGCACCAAGCUCAAGUCUUGCACUGGUCAUUAGCAAAGUCCAGAUUCUAACACCCAUAAUUCUAUGUGGGGUGCUUUUCUCACUGGAGGUGAGCAGGAGCAGAUGUAAUUUCCACCCAACUAUGGCCCCCUCCAACUGGAUGAAGCCAGGGAUUAAAGUUGAACCACAAUACCUGUUGCGUUGAUGUAAUUUACCAGUCACCCCCUUGACAUUCCACUUUCAGUGCAUUUAAGACGCUCCCGUGUGCUUAGAAGAUAUUCUAUUUACUUAUGUAUAACAUAUUGUUGGCAAUUUGUAUGUGAUUUUAGUUGAAACAGUCCUUAAGGUUCUGUAAUGAAGAGAUUUUUUUUUCUCUCUCAUUUCGUCGUUCUGUAGAACAGGGUGUCAACCAGUCUGGUAAGCUGUCCUGUAAAAUGCAUGUUGAAAACUUUAUAUUUGAAUUUCAAACUGCACACUCCCAGAUUUUAUGCUCCAUUUUCACAUGUCAACCUUUGACAUGUCCUUACCAGGUGCUGAUGAUUUUGUUUCUAUUCGAGAACUGAUUCUGAAACCAUCAAGAUUCCUCCCCUGCUGUCAAACUGCCCCAUUCAGUAUGAGAAGACCUGCGAUGUACUCCGCCAAAGCAAGUCACUUAUCUGUGAGGUUGACUGACUCCCAGAAUCAUAAUCCCAACCUGAACAACCCGACACCUCAGGAUAACCGGCUGACCUGAGAUUACCAGCUCACUGUGGAGUAGCGCUUGCUUUCGGGGUCAGAGUGUAGACACAUUUGGGAAUUCCCAUGAAAUUUCUGUUCAUGAAAAUCCUGGUGCCAGGUAAUUCCAGAGUUGCGUGUGGAUGAUUUUCAGAUGAGUCCUUGGGAAGAGUUUAGGUCCAUUUUUAAUUUGCAUUAUUGUUCCCAUUGUAUUCACCUCUCUGGAGAUUCCUACAGGUUCGGAAGCAUGCUGUAAUCUGGUCCAUCUUCCCUGGAUUUCGGCAGUUUACUGUCAUUCAGCCUCAACAGAACAUUGGAUGUCGUCUUGUGGGUUCGAGUUCAACUCCUAAAUGGGUCAAGAUCAGGACUCAUCUCUUGAGUGAAUACACUGGCAUGAAAGCCCCAUGAUCCAGGAAGAUGGGCCAGACUUCAGUUUGCUUCUGAGCCUAUAGGAAUCUCUAGAUGUACCACCUCUCCAGAGAUUCCUAUAGUUCCAGAAGCGAGCUGGAAUCUAGCCCAUUUGGAUCUUGGGGCUUUAUUGCCAGUGUUAUUGGUCAAUGAAUUCUGAUAUCACCCACAAGACGGUGUCCAAUGUUCUGCAUGUGUCCAUUGUCUUAGUUGUCCCUGGCCAUAUGGUGACCAUAUUGUGGAUCUGCCCCAUCCCAGAUGGGGGAAAGCAGGGAAAGGCUUGGGGUGGGUGCUGCCUCCAUCUCCCUGUCCAUGGAGGUGUAACGGCAAGAAUUGCUUCUAUCUACAUUAUCAUUACGGCAACAGCUUAAACCAAGAGGUACUGCACAUUAUGCAGACCUAGCCCCUGGUGCAAGCAGUUAAUGGGGUCCACUGCCAGUGAAGCAGGAGGUCCUGUGGUGUUAAAUCUUGAACAAAUGCAGGCUUCAUGAAACUUCACUGCACAAAUUAUUUUAAUGUAGAAUUAUUGUUUUAGUCACUCCUGACCCAGUAAGCAAUGAAAAUACAAGCUUAGUGCAAAAGGGGUAGGAAUUGGAGGUGGAGUGGGGGAUGUUAACAGUAUACAGUGACUAAAUCGCUCUCCUAUUAUGUGGAAGAUGUUCCCUGUACUUGCUGUCAUGAAAGCCAUCCAUUAGCUGUGAAGUCUUAAGCGUCGCACCAAUCUUUCCCUGGAAGGCAUCCAUGGGAAAGGUCAUGUCCCUCAAUAGGGAGCAGGGAAGGGCUUCACAAACACUUCCACUCAUUUUGUUUAAUGAAGUUAUCAAAAUGUGUAAUGCCCUGUGUCUUUCUGUUAAUAAGAUUUUAUUGACCUGGUGGCUCCUUCUAUUGAACCAGAAGAAAAUGUCAGAUGGUAAAUCACCGAAGGAGAAAACAAUAUACCCUCACUGAUAUUCUCUGUUGCUAAUGUGGCUGUUCGUCAGAUCGAUUCCCAAUAAGGCGCCAUCCUUGGGGAGAUGGAUCACUGCCUGUGUUCGGUUUCAGACUCUGAUGGUCAUGAGCUUGUAUGUGUUAGUAGGAUGGAUCGUGUAUUGGAAUGUUUGUGUAUUAGACUCUAGAAAUUGUGCAUGGGUGGGGGGAGAGAGUGAUAUCUUUUUGGUGGGUGUAAUCCAUGGAACAUUCCAGCAAUGUUUCCUUGGGUACUUUGGAAGGCUUAAGAGUAGAUGACCUUGUUUGAAGUUUGUGCACUCUCAAUAUGUGCAUAUGGUGCACAGUUACCCACAGCUCUGGGGUUUGUGAACCCAGCUACUUUGGGGAGACACUGUUGCACCUCGGAAGGCUGAAGAGCAGAUAACCUUGAUUAAAGUUUGUGCACUUUGAGGCAAUUCCCAAAACGUGCAAUAUACACAUUUACCGUAACUCAAAAUGCAUAGUUAUGCAAUCCAGCUAAGAUGUGUGCAUCACCUUGUCCUUCUCCAACACACAUGGUUCAAAGCAGCUCUUUAGAAACCUACUCUCUUCCACAGCAUUAGACUGCCACUGAGUGUGAGCAAUAUUUGUAAAUAAUGUUAAUAAUGAAGAUAUGUAUUGUGAUAAUUUUUUAAAAAUAAAAGCUUUGUGUGGAUGCAUGUGCAUGGGUUUGUGAGCUGAAGAUGGUGUUUGCUUUCCAUUUGCCAUCCAGGGCUAGAGAAGUGUGUCUAAUGGUCUGUCUGUGGUUUAUAUCUGUAUAAUUAAUGUUCCACUGUCUAAUAAAUAUUUCUCUGCACAUUAACUUCAGCCCCGCAUGUCUGUGUCAGCCACAGUUUGCACCGAGUCUU